AUGGCCGGUGCCACCCCGCUCCACUGCAAGCAGUUUGACUGCACCGAGUCCCUCGAGGAGUGUUGGAAGGCAAUGCAGGAACCAAACGGGGUAUUUGGAUUCCAAGAAUCCCAUCCAAUGGCCGGCAGCGAUCUGCUGGUGGAAAUUGCCUAUUUCACCGGCGGCAAGGUUGACUUUUACAGCACGCAAUUCUUCGGAUUCAUUUGCAAAGAUCUCGAACUCGCCCAGAAGUGGCGCAAGGGACUACAUGCCCUCAUCUCGCAGAACGGAUUCAAUUCAAAUCGAUAUGCUCCACCGAUCAGCCUCAUGAAUCAUGUGUAUACACGCUACGACCUGAGCACUGCCUUUGAUACUUUGUUUGAAGGCCGAAAUUACAUUGGUCGCGACAUCCUGCUGCAGUUUUUGGGCGAGAUUCAGCGCGAUCCGCGCCUCAAUGAGGUGCUGGACCCCAUGCCAACACUUGCUGACUGCGACGAGAUUAUCAACCGCUUUGAAGAGGAUGAAAAGCUGAGGUCAACUCUCAUCCCCCCACCCCGUUCUAUACCCUGA